AUGGCAGUACCAUCAAUGCAGGACCUGGUCAAGGAGAGGAAAUACCCCUUCAUCUUAGCUUUCUUCAUCUUGCUCAUCGCCGUUACUUUUUUCCUCAUUUCCAACUCUCAAUCCCCAAUCUACAUCCCUUCCUCCAAUGACAUCCCUUCUGAUUCCCUUAAAUCAGAGUCCGAUUCACUCAUUUUACAACCCCCUCCCAAUACUACCACUCCCAGCUCCCCGCCGCCGACAUGGACUGACACGGUGGUGACUGCUGCCCCACCACCGCCGCCGCCGCUUCCGCCUCCUCCUCCGCCUCCGCCGCGCGAUGAUGCAAGGGUUCCGAUCAAUGAUUCGAUCGCUAGUUCUCCCUCUGGUGCGGGUGUUGAUUUCGAGUGGAAGCUCUGUGGCGUUGCUGGGGCUGUGGACUAUAUACCCUGUCUUGAUAACUGGAACGCCAUAAAGGCCUUGAAAUCGAGGAGGCACAUGGAACACAGAGAAAGACAUUGCCCCGACCCAGCUCCAAGGUGUUUGGUCCCUUUGCCUCCAGGUUAUAAGCUUCCAGUUCCUUGGCCUAAGAGCAGGGACACGAUAUGGUAUAACAAUGUUCCACACCCAAAGCUGGUUGAGUACAAGAAGGUCCAACAUUGGGUGGUCAAAUCCGGUGAUUAUUUUAUUUUUCCUGGUGGUGGCACCCAAUUUAAGAAUGGAGUUGAUCAUUACGUUGAGGCCAUCAAGAAGACUUUACCAAGUAUUGGUUGGGGAAAGCACACUCGGGUUGUUUUAGAUGUAGGCUGCGGUGUUGCUAGCUUUGGAGGUUACCUGCUGAAAAAAGAUGUACUAACCAUGUCAUUUGCCCCGAAGGAUGAACAUGAAGCUCAAAUACAAUUUGCUCUCGAAAGAGGAAUCCCUGCUACUCUGUCAGUUAUUGGGACCCAAAGGUUGCCGUUUCCUGAUAAUGUGUAUGAUCUGAUCCAUUGUGCGAGAUGCAGGGUUCACUGGGAUGCAGAUGGUGGAAAACCUUUAAUGGAGCUGAACAGGAUUCUCAGGCCUGGAGGAUACUUUAUUUGGUCUGCUACACCAGUUUAUCGCCCUGAGGAAAGAGAUCAAAAUGUUUGGAAAGCGAUGGUUGCACUUACUGAAGCAUUGUGCUGGAAGACGGUGACCAAAACCUUUUUUGAUUCAGCAGGGGUUGGUCUUGUUAUAUAUCAAAAGCCUAUUUCAUCUUCUUGCUAUCAAAAUCGGAAGGAAAAUAAUCCGCCUUUGUGUGAGCAGCACAAUAGACCUAACAGUUCAUGGUAUGUGCCUCUGGAGGGAUGCCUACCCUCUCUUCCACCAACGGGCAAUGAUGGUUCCAACUGGCCGGCACCCUGGCCUAAAAGGUUGAACAAUAAACCAACAAGCUUAUCCAGUGAAGGAGAUGCUUUGGAAAUCUUCAAUGAGGACACAAAGCAUUGGUCUGGCCUUGUCUCGGAAAUUUACCUUGGUGGUCUUCCAUUUAACUGGUCGAGGGUGAGAAAUGUAAUGGACAUGAAUGCUGGUUACGGAGGGUUUGCUGCAGCUCUCAUUGAUAAACCCUUGUGGGUAAUGAAUGUUGUCCCAAUCGACGGGCCAGAUACGCUCUCUGUAAUCUUUGAUAGGGGGCUAAUAGGAGUAUACCAUGAUUGGUGCGAGUCAUUCAACACAUAUCCUAGAACGUAUGAUCUUUUGCAUUCUAGUUUCCUCUUCAAAAACUUAACUCAGAGAUGUGACAUUGUGGAUGUCGUUGUGGAGAUCGACCGAGUAUUAAGACCGGGGGGUAUACUUUUCGUCCAGGACAACACAGAGAUGAUGAAUAAGCUCUUUUCAAUUUUGGAAUCACUUCAUUGGUCAGUGUCUAUUUAUCAAGAACAGUUUCUUGUUGGGGAGAAAGGCUUUUGGCGCCCUGAUAAGAAGAUUAAAAUAUGA